UCAGUGCUCUUCUCUGCUGCAGCCCUCACCAGGAUCUCUGUGUCCUCCAACAUGGCCGCCUACAGCUCCUCCUCCUCCUACCGCCGCACCUUCGGCCACGGCACCUACGCCUCUCCUACCCUCAACCGCACGCUGCUGGGCCACAGCGCCGGCGGCAGCAGCGGGGGCCAUGUCAGCUCCAGGGUCUAUGAGGUGACCCGCAAGUCGACCCCGGCUUACCGGGUCUCCUCCGGCUACUACGGGGGCCCGAUAACGUCGUCGAGGGCCUCCGUCGCACGCACCUACGCCGGCAUGGGCGAGACCCUGGACUUCAGCCUGGCCGACGCCCUCAACCAGGAGUUCCUGACCACGCGGACCAACGAGAAGGUCGAGCUGCAGCACCUGAACGACCGCUUCGCCAGCUACAUCGAGAAGGUGCGCUUCCUGGAGCAGCAGAACCAGGCGCUGACGGUGGAGGUGGAGCGCCUGCGCGGACGCGAGCCGACGCGCAUCGCCGACCUGUACGAGGAGGAGAUGAGCGAGCUGAGGAGGCAGGUGGAGAUCCUGACCAAUCAGAGGUCGCGCAUUGAUCUGGAGCGGGACAACCUCGCAGACGACCUGGACAAGCUCAAAAUCAGACUCCAGGACGAGAUUCUCCAGAAAGAGGAAGCAGAGAACAACCUGGCUGCUUUCAGGGCGGACGUGGACGCCGCCACUCUGGCUCGUCUGGACCUGGAGAGACGCAUCGAGACGCUGCAGGAGGAGAUCGCCUUCCUGAAGAAGAUCCACGAAGAGGAGAUCCGUGAGCUGCAGACCCAGAUGCAGGAGAGUCAGGUCCAGAUCCAGAUGGACAUGUCCAAGCCAGACCUGACGGCGGCGCUGAGGGACAUCAGAGCCCAGUACGAAGGCAUCGCCGCCAAGAACAUCUCGGAGGCCGAGGACUGGUAUAAAUCCAAGGUGUCCGACCUGAACCAGGCGGUGAGCAAGAACAACGAGGCACUGAAGCAGGCCCGGCAGGAGACCAUGGAGUUCAGACACCAGAUCCAGUCCUACACCUGCGAGAUCGACUCACUCAAAGGCAACAACGAGUCCCUGAUGAGGCAGAUGAGGGAGAUGGAGGAGCGUCACGGACGCGAGGCCGGCGGUUUCCAGGACAACAUCGCCCGGCUGGAGGCGGAGAUCGCCAACAUGAAGGACGAGAUGGCGCGUCACCUCCGCGAAUACCAGGACCUGCUCAACGUCAAGAUGGCGCUGGACGUGGAGAUCGCCACCUACAGGAAGCUGCUGGAAGGAGAGGAGAGCAGGAUUGCCUUGCCUGUGCAGACCUACUCCACCCUGAGCUUCCGAGAGACCAGCCCUGAACACCAGCAGCGAACCUCUGAGAUGCAUUCAAAGAAAACCGUUCUCAUCAAGACCAUCGAGACCCGCGACGGAGAGGUCGUCAGCGAGUCGACGCAGCACCAGCAUGACAUCAUGUAAUCACCUGCAGAAGAAGAGAGGAGAACCUUCCCAAACAACAACAAAACAAACAACAACAACAACAAAAAAAAGAUGCACAAAUAAAACUCAGCAAAAAGA